AUGCACCUCGUUGGUGCGCCCAUCAACUUCUUCACACGCUCCCUCGAAGCGCGCGGCACACUGCCAACACCGACCGACCUGGAGACCGCCGAGGUCUUCGGCGCGUCCCGCGUACAGGACUUCACGCAGCGUCAACUACUGGACGGCUACGCGUGCGCCGUCUGCGGACGCUGCACCGACGUCUGCCCCGCCAACAUCAGCGGCAAGAUUCUCUCGCCGAUGCACAUCGUGGAAAACCUGAAAGAGCACACUCUCGAAACCGCGCCCGGCGUCAUCGCAGGCGAAGACGAGCAAGCCGAGAAGCCGCUCAUAGGUCGCUGGAUUCAGGAAGAAGCGCUGUGGGACUGUCUGACCUGCGGCGCAUGCGUGGAAGAAUGUCCCGUCGGCGUAGAGCACAUCAGCACCAUCAUCGACAUGCGCCGCUUCCUUGUCAUGGAGAAGGCGGAGAUGCCGGAGACUGCGAUGAACGCCCUGAUUAGCAUGGAACAGCGCGGUCACCCAUGGCGAGGCACGACAUACACGCGCACCGACUGGGCGGAAGGCUUGGACAUCCCACUGCUCGCCGACCAUCCCGAAGCGGAAGUGCUCUUCUGGGUGGGCUGCACUGCUGCGCUCGAACAGCGCAGCCAGAACGUAGCACGCUCAAUGGCGUCCGUCCUGAAGCGCGCAGGCGUGGAUUUCGCCAUACUCGGUAUGGAGGAGGGAUGCACCGGCGAUCCGGCGCGUCGCAUGGGCAACGAGUACCUCUACCAGAUCAUGGCGCAGCAAAAUAUAGACACCCUUAAUAGCUACAAUGUGAAGAAGGUCGUCACCAUCUGCCCGCACUGCUUCAACACCAUCAAGAACGAGUACCCACACCUCGGCGGAGACUUCGAAGUACUGCACUACAGCGAGUUCGUAGCGGAGCUAAUUACAGAUGGGCGCAUCAAGCCCCUUGUCGAGAUUAACACCACCCUCGCCUACCACGACUCCUGCUAUCUUGGGCGGCACAACGGCAUCUACGACCAGCCACGUCAGAUAGCGGAAGCCAUACCGGGAUUGAAGCUUGUGGAGAUGGAACGCUGCCGCAAUCAAGGAUUCUGCUGCGGUGCGGGCGGCGGCCACAUGUGGAUGGAAGAGAGCCGAGGCAGCCGCGUCAACCACGUCCGCACCGACCAAUACCUCGAAACCGAGGCCGAUACGGUAGGCGUAUCCUGCCCCUUCUGCCUCCAGAUGUUCGAAGAAGGCAUCGGCACCAAGGAAGUGCAAGACACCCGCAGAGCAAAAGACCUGCUGGAGAUAUUGGACGAAAGCCUGGGAUCCGGGGAUUAA